UCUGGAACUAGUAUAGGAUUCUCUGAAGUAUGGGAAUAACGUGACCCAACUGCGAAAGGAUAAAAACUCUUCCUAGAUAUAGUGAAGGCAGGUUUGAGAGGUCUGAACACAGAGCCCAGGCAGAGAAGUGAGGGGUUUAUGAUGCCCUAAAGGAAAUAGGAAACCAAUGGAGAUCUCACCCUAUUUCCUAUUUUAUUUCAAGAAAUUAUCCUUCUUAUAUGACCUUGAGAAACCACAGCACCAUCACCGAGUUCAUCCUCCUCGGACUGUCUGCUGACCCCCACAUUGAGGCUCUGCUCUUCAUGCUGUUCCUGGCAAUCUACCUCCUGACCCUGAUGGGGAACCUGGUGUUGCUGCUGGUGAUCAUGGCUGAUUCUCACCUCCACACACCCAUGUACUUCUUCUUGGGCAAUCUGUCAUUCCUGGACCUCUGUUUCUCUUCUGUCACGCUACCCAAGCUGCUUGAGAACCUCCUGUCUGAAAAGAAAACCAUCUCAGUAGAAGGCUGUCUGGCUCAGGUCUUCUUUGUGUUUAUCACUGCAGGAGCUGAAACCUUUCUGCUUUCAAUAAUGGCCUAUGACCGCUAUGCUGCCAUUUGUCGUCCACUGCUCUAUGAACAGCUAAUGAGCAACCAGUUCUGUGUGAGGCUGGUGUUGACCUCAUGGGGCCUGGCCUUUCUCAACGCAAUCCUCAUUGUGCUCUUGGCUAUUAACCUGGACUUCUGUGAGGCCCAAACUAUACAGCAUUACACCUGCGAGUUGCCCUCUCUCUUCCCCCUGUCUUGCUCUGAUACCUCCAUCGAUAUCAAUAUCCUGAUCUACUCCGUCUUACUACAGGCUCUUGGGACCUUCUUUCUGAUCUUCUUCUCAUACCUUCGCAUUAUUUCCACCAUCCUGAACAUCAACUCCACCACAGGCAGAAGCAAGACCUUCUCCACCUGCUCCUCCCACCUCAUUGCAGUGAUCCUGUUCUUUGGUUCAGAUUUGGUUCGCUAUCUCAUGCCCACCUCUGGUUCCUCCCUUGAUUUGCUCACCUCCCUGCAAUACAGCGUGGUCACUCCCAUGCUGAAUCCCCUCAUCUACAGCCUAAAGAAUAAGGACAUGAGGGCAGCAUUGGAAAGAACACUGGGGAACUAUCUGUAAUAUUGUAGCUAAUGAACAAAGGCAGUUAUCCAGUAUAAUUACAAAGAUUGUGUUUCUCUGUAUUAACUCUUUUGUCUCCACCCCUCCCAGUACACAGUGUCAAAUAUGUGCACGAAAGAGUCCA